UAGAACAAGAAGGGCACAGACUCGUCGAGGGAAGAAAUAACACUUCCAAACAAAAAAGCCUCCUCGUUUUCUCCGACACCGCACACGAUGGAAGGUUAUGCGCUUUCUGAAGAUGAGCUAUUUUCCUCCUGUCUUCACAACUUCACCUGGGAAAAUCCGCACGACCAGUGUGCUGCCUUGGUUGGUGAAGACCAGCCUCUCUGCCCCGACCUCCCAGAACUUGACCUCUCAGAGCUAGAUGUCAGUGACCUGGAUGCAGAUAGUUUUCUGGGUGGACUCAAGUGGUACAGUGACCAAUCAGAAAUCAUUUCCAGUCAGUAUGGCAAUGAGGCAUCAAACCUGUUUGAGAAGAUAGAUGAUGAAAAUGAGGCCAACUUGCUGGCAGUGCUCACAGAGACCCUGGACAGCAUCCCGGUGGACGAGGACGGAUUGCCUUCGUUUGAGGCCCUGGCAGAUGGGGACGUGACCAAUGCCAGCGACCAGAGCUGUCCCUCCACGCCUGACGGCUCCCCCCCCACCCCAGAAGCAGAGGAGCCGUCUCUACUAAAGAAGCUCCUGCUGGCUCCCGCUAACUCACAGCUCAGCUAUAAUCAAUACACAGGUGGCAAGGCGCAAAACCAUGCAGCCAGCAACCACCGAAUCCGACCAACACCUGCUGUCAUCAAGACAGAGAACCCCUGGAACAGCAAGCCGAGGGGAGCCUGUCUGCAGCAGAGCCGGCCAGUGAGGCGCCCCUGCACAGAGCUGCUCAAGUACCUCACGGCCGACAACGACGCGCUUCACACCAAAGCCGGCGAGCCGAAAAGCACCCGGGGCGGCGGAGGCAGCAGCAGAGACAAAAGCGGAAGCGCUUGCUCUUCCUCAUCCUCGUCCUCGCCGUCCUCGUCCUCCACCUCCUCCUUCUCCUCCCUGUCCUCCGCCUCCUCCUCAUCCUCCUCUUCGUCCUCCUCCAAGAAGAAGCCGUCGUCCCCGCUGUGCCAGCCUCAGCAGCAGCCGCCGCAGCGAGCCAAACCAACCACCUUGCCACUUCCUUUGACCCCAGAGUCUCCAAAUGACCACAAGGGAUCACCAUUUGAGAACAAAACCAUUGAACGCACAUUGAGUGUGGAGCUAUCUGGAACCCCAGGUCUGACACCACCUACCACGCCUCCUCACAAAGCCAGUCAAGAGAAUCCUUUCAAAACAUCGAUCAAAACCAAGCUGUCCUCAUGCACCUCCUCGGCCCUGGUGAAGAAGGCCCGCCUGGACGCCGCCCCUUCCUGCGCCCUGCCGGCGGGUCCCGUGAGGAAGGGCCCGGAGCAGACUGAGCUAUACGCCCAGCUGAGCAAGGCGCCCCCGCUGCCUGCUGGGGGGAGGGAGGAGUGCAAGGGCAAGCGUGCCGCCCCGCGCGGCUUUGGCGACCAUGACUAUUGCCAGUUUGCAAGCACAAAGCGGGACCCUUCCCUGGGCCUCCCACUCGGCUGUCCGGGCGGCAGGCAUACGGAAUGCAGGGGCGCCGCCGCGCCCUCCUCGUCCGCCGUUUCUUCCUCCUCCUCUUCUUCCUCGUCUGUGGCGGAGCAGUUGCAGAGCUUUCCCUCUGCGGAGCUAGAGCUGUGUCUGGACAGGGAGGGCGGGCAGCAGGGUCAACCCCCGCAGGCCGACCGGCCCGACGACGGCGGCCACUCUGGCAGGAGGAAGCCGCUCCGCGAUCAGGAGAUCCGGGCGGAGCUCAACAAGCACUUUGGCAACCCCAAGCAAGCCAUUUACAGUGAGGAGAAGCAGCCGGGCGCCCUGCUGCCCGAGGAGAGCGACUCCGGCGACGAGUACUACUGCAAGCUGCCGGGCUACGUGCACCCGGGCCUGCCCCUGGAGGGCGUCUUCGAGGACAGCGAGGACGAGCCCGAGCGCCUCCUGUACCCCUGGGAGGGGACCCACCUGGACCUGCUCUUCGAGGGCUCCCCGUCCUGCUCCCCAUCCGGCUCCUCCCCUUCACGGAGCUCCGUGUCCCCGCCCACGUCCCUCUUCUCCUCUCAGCACUUCCGCUGGCCCCGGCCCGCCUCCCUGUCCCGCUCCCGGUCCCGUUCCCACUCCAGAUCCGCAUCCUACCGCCGGUGGCGGUCACACUCCCGGUCCCCCUACUCCCGCUCCCGCUCCAGGUCUCCGCUCAGCCGCUCGGCCUCACGGUCUCCUCAUUAUACAGAUUCUAGCACUUGCAAGGCCAGGGCUCUCAAAGGCCCACACACACAGUCCAGAUCCCAGUCUAGAUCCCCUUUCAGCCGCAGGCCAAGGUACGACAGCUAUGAGGAAUACCAGCACGAGCGCCUCAAGAGAGAGGAGCACCAGCGAGACCACGAGAAGCGGGAGUACGAGAGGGCCGAGCAGAGGGAGAGGCAAAGGCAAAAAGCAAUAGAGGAGAGACGGGUGGUGUAUGUGGGGAGACUCCGGUGCAACAGCACCCGAACCGAGCUCAAACGACGCUUUGAAGUCUUUGGCGAAAUUGAAGAGUGUGCAGUAAACCUGAGAGAUGACGGGGACAAUUUUGGCUUCAUCACCUACCGCUACACUUGUGACGCCUUCGCUGCCCUUGAGAAUGGACACACUUUGCGCAGGUCUGACGAGCCUCAAUUUGAGCUGUGCUUUGGUGGGCGAAAGCAGUUCUCCAAAUCAAAUUACACUGACUUGGACUCCCAUUCCGAUGACUUUGAUCCGGCCUCCACUAAAAGCAAGUACGACUCCAUGGAUUUCGACAGCUUGCUGCGGGAGGCCCAGUGCAGCCUGAGAAGGUAACCAGCGCCGCACCUGCCGUCUCCAGAGGGGUUCACUAUACCUCACAGAUGUUCCUUCGACUAUGAGACUAACU